AUGGCGGCGCCCGGAGCGCCCGGGCCGGGCCCGGCAGCCGCGCCCCCCACGGUGCUGAUGGCGGCCCGCGCCGAGCUGGCCGCGCCCUGCCGCCUCCUGCCCGCCGCCGGCGCCGCGCUCCGCCUGCAGCUCAGCGUGCAACCGGGAGCCGACGGCCGGCGCCGCUUCCGCCUGGGCCUGCGGCUGCCGGAGGCGGGGGGCGGCGCGCCCCUGGCCGAGUUUGACCUGCGGGACGUUUCCUACCGCGUGUGCGGCCCCACGAGCCACGAGCUGCAGCUGCCACCCGCGGGGACAGCGGGGACAGCGGGGACAGCAGGGACAGAGGGCACGGUGGCGCUGCGGUUCCCCGAGGAGCGCGAGGCACAGCAGUGGUGGACAGUGCUGAGCAGCUCCCUCAGGGAGGCACGGAGAGCCCCCGAGGGUGACACAGGGACAUCGCCGGUGCCACCCCCCGAGGAUCCCGAGCAGGACACGGAGCAGGCGCAGAUCCUGGAGCUGGCCCAGACAGAGGAGCUGGCACUGUCCCUGUCCCGGGCCAUCUCCCAGGGUGACACGGUGUGUGCGGCACGGAUGGCGGUGGCACUGGCACGGCGACAGGCAGAGCUGAGCGUGAGCCUGAGGGACAGCGAGGGCGGGGCCGACAUCAGCAUGCCGGUGUUGGUGGAGGACGCCACGUCCUCAGCCAGCAUCACCCUGCGCGUGCAGCCACACCUCACCAUCGGCACCCUCAAGGAGCAGGUGUUCCAUGAGUACGGGUUCCACCCGCUGGCACAGCGCUGGAUCAUCGGGCAGAGCCUGUGCCAGGACGGCCGCAGCCUGGGCUCCUACGGCAUCCGCCGCGCCGGGGACCCCGCCUUCCUCUUCCUGCUGUCGGCGCGGGCCGCGGGGCUGGGCCCCGAGCAGUACCGGGAGCUGCAGGCGCAGGGGCUGCUCAGAGCCACGGGGCUCGGCUCAGGCGGUGUCCCCGAGCCCCUGGAGCAGAUGGACAUGGGGGACGCUGGGGACACCGGGGACAUCCGGGAUCGCCUGGACUCGCUGCAGCUCUGGGACAGCGCCGGGGCCCCGCCCACGGUCCCCGAGCCCCGCCCACCCUCACCUGAGCAGUGUGGCUGGGCGUGCCCCCGGUGCACGUUCCUGAACAAGCCCACCUGCCCCGGCUUGUGGCUGGGCGUGCCCCCGGUGCACUGUGGCUGGGCGUGCCCCCGGUGCACGUUCCUGAACAAGCCCACCCGCCCCGGCUGUGAGAUGUGCAGCUCCCCCCGGCCCGAGGGGUACCGGGUCCCCGGGGGGCACCGCCCCGACCCCGCCGAGCUGCAGCGCCUGCAGCGGGAGCAGGACGGCACCCGACAGUGCCAGCAGGCCCUGGAGGCAGAACGCCAGCGGAAUUUCCAGCAGCUGCUGCGGGCGGAGGAGGCGGAGCUGGUGCCGAACCCGGAGCCGCUCGAGUGCGGGAUCUGCCUGCAGGGCGUGCCCGCGGGGCGGGGCGUGCUGCUGCGGGACUGCCUGCACAGCUUCUGCCGGGAGUGCCUCCGGCAGGUGAUCACGUUCAGCGAGGAGCCGGUGGUGGCCUGUCCCUUCCGCGAUGUCACCUACGCCUGUGGCAGCCACCUGCAGGAGCGUGAGAUCCGCGCGCUCCUGUCCCCAGAAGAACACGCCCGGUUCCUGGCCCGCGGGCUGGCUCUCGCCGAGCGCCGCAGCCGGAACAGUUUCCACUGCCGGGGCCGGGACUGCCCGGGCUGGUGUUUCUACGAGGACGCGGUGAACGAGUUCCCGUGCCCGGUGUGCGGGGCGCUCAACUGCCUGCUGUGCAAGGCCAUCCACGAGGGCCAGAACUGCCGCCAGUACCAGGACGAGCUGCAGCUGCGGGCGCUCAAUGACGCGGCGGCGCGGGAGACGCGGGACAUGCUGCAGACGCUGGUGCAGCGGGGGGAGGCCAUGCACUGCCCCACGUGCCGCAUCGUGGUGCAGAAGAAGGACGGGUGCGACUGGAUCCGCUGCACCGUGUGCCAGACCGAGAUCUGCUGGGUCACCAAGGGGCCGCGCUGGGGGCCGGGGGGUCCUGGGGACACCAGCGGUGGCUGUCGCUGCAACGUCAACGGGCAGAGGUGCCACCCCCGGUGCCAGAACUGCCACUGACCCCCCCGGGCCCCCCUGGGGACACCCCCGGGGACACCCCCGGGGACACCGAGGGACGGAUGGAGCCGGAGCCGGGCCCGGAGAUGCCAUGGCCAGUGGGGACAGGGCCAGGAUGGACACACGGCCAGAGGGACAAAGGAUGGCCACAGGGCCAGAGCCCACGGACACUGGGACAGAGGAUGGACAGAGGAUGGACACACGGCCAGAGCCCAUGGACACAAGGACAGAGGAUGGACUCAGGGCCAGAGCCGAUGGACAGAGGAUGGACACAAGGCCAGAGGAUGGACACAAGGCCAGAGGAUGGACACAAGGACACAGGAUGGAC